GCUGAGUAGAAAUAUAGCGGCGCUACAGCCCCUCUAAAAUAGGCCUCGACAUGUCCAUCCUCUCGACCACCGUAGUAAUAUAUUUAAACGCCUAACAAGUUCAAAGUAAAAAAAUGAGUCCAUUCAUUUUGUUAUUUCACAUAAACUAGUGUAAGUCCUGCUUUUAAAUGUAUAGUACGAGUUUUCACAGGGAAUGAACAGUAAAUGAACAUUUUCAGGAUUGUUUUUGCACAAUAUUCGUUGGAAAAAUAAUCAACAAAGCAUCAUCGUGAUGCGAUAUAAAGUUCAACGUUAGGUGACGCCAAAACUCCGGCUCUCGCCCUCAUACCUUGAGUGAUGCAAACGGAGGGAGUCCCUUGUCCCGCUCACGUACUGCAUCGCUGUAGACAUUUAGACAGGCUCUAGAUGUCCCGUCCCGUCUGCGGCAGUCUGCCUCAGCACCUUGCCUGCCCGACAUGCCCUUGGAUAUUACCGGCCCUCCUCUUGCGAGAAACUACUGCAGAAACAUAGCAACCACUAAACACUAACACGGGACAGCGGAGUGAGGCGGAGCGUACCUGGAUUCUUGACACUUUUACCCUGCGUAGGAUUUUUUUUAGUCGCUGUACUUUUUUGUUGUUGUGCUGACUUCCCAAAUCGACGUGUAUGGAUGUAUCAUGGCUACGUUUGCAUGCAGGGUGCAGUUCUUAGAUGAUACAGAUCCAUUUAAUAGCACAAAUUUUCCGGAGCCGACCAGACCCCCACAUUUCACAUUCAGAGAGGAUAUUCCGCUCAUCAAUCAGAUCGCCGGAGUUCACAGACUUCUCAAAGCACCUCACAAGCUUGAUGACUGUGCUUUGCAGUUGUCUCAUAAUGGCAGUUAUCUGGACCUGGAGUCCACCUUGGCUGAGCAGAAAGAUGAACUUGAAGGCUUUCAGGAGGAUGGAGGGAGAGGAAAGAAGCACAGUAUUGUACUUAGAACACAGCUGUCUGUCAGAGUCCAUGCCUGCAUAGAAAAGCUGUACAACUCGACGGGUCGUGAGCUACGAAGAGCACUGUUCUCUCUCAAGCAAAUCUUCCAGGAUGAUAAGGAUCUGGUUCAUGAGUUUGUGAUGGCGGAGGGACUCACAUGUCUUAUUAAAGUGGGAGCUGAAGCUGAUCAAAACUACCAAAACUACAUUCUCAGAGCACUUGGACAGAUCAUGCUGUAUGUAGAUGGAAUGAAUGGGCUUAUCGGACACAAUGAAACCGUACAGUGGCUGUACACACUGGUUGGAUCAAAGUUCCGGUUGGUUGUGAAAACUGCUAUGAAGCUGCUGCUGGUUUUUGUGGAGUACACCGAGAGCAACGCACCUCUCCUCAUCCAAGCCGUCAACAGCGUUGACACCAAACAAGGCUCUAAGCCCUGGUCUAAUGCCAUGGAAAUCCUUGACGAGAAAGAUGGAAUGGACACUGAGCUGCUGGUUUAUGCCAUGACACUAAUCAACAAGACAUUAGCUGGUCUGCCUGACCAGGACUCCUUCUAUGAUGUGGUUGACAGUCUGGAGGAGCAGAACAUGGAGGCUGUUGCCCAAAGACACAUUAGUAGAAAGGGCACAGAUCUGGACUUGGUAGAGCAGUUCAACAUUUAUGAGGCAACUCUUCGUCAUGAAGACGGUGAUGAUGAAGCUCAGUCUCCUCCAUCUGGACAUAAAUGUCGGCGUCGGGCUAGUGUUGGAGCAACACCUGAGAGACGGGGUUUGGAACGACGGCGUAGCCGAAGACAUUCACUCCAGAACGGAAAAGGCCACACUUCUGCUCCAACUUCCCCCUGUCACAGCCAUACACCCAACAUCCUGUCCUUUAACAGCCAGAGGAUAGAAGACAUCAGUGAAAGAGAGGAUGAGGAAGAGGAGGAGGAAAAGGAUGAAGAGUUUCAGAAAGCAGCACUUUCUAGACAGGCAUCUGGAAGCUGUGUGGCAUCAACAGUAGAGGACGCUUCUAGCUUGUGUUUGCCUUUAAGGUGCAUGGUCAACUUCAUUCCAAAUGCUGCUGACACAGAAAAUGCAGAAAAACCUCGGAACAGGUCUGGGAUCAGGGUUAUCCACAAGGCCCCAAUGUCCUCUCCUCCUUUUACCCCCGAUUUUGUCCCCCCGUUAUCACCCAGACUGUCUUCUUGGUCUUCAGUCAGAUCUUUAGGAGCCGUCCCAUCCCAGGGUUCCUCUGUCACCUCCUCAGCCUCCACUUCCCCGGGCGAAGAGCCCCAAUCCCCUGUCCUCCCUCUUCUCUCUUCCAACCUUCUUCAUACUUGCCCAGAGGAUUUGGACGAGGUGUUUGUAGGCACUCUACAGGGUCAAGAUCCAGACAAACACUGCAGUUUGUCAGAUGUUAGUUACCCAAACACACCAUGCAGUUCUUGUGGCAGCAAUGGCAAUGCAAGCACAUAUCCCGGCAGGUCAUCUGGGGUGUCCAGUGCCCUCUCCACACCCUACAACCGCUUCGGUCCUUCAGGAGGUCCAUCUGCAGACAGUAAAGCCGACAGGCCAACUCUGGGUGGAUUGUUGACCUCCUCCUACAGGCAGCACCAAGAAUCUCUGAACGCUGAAAGAGAGCGGAGACGUCUGGAGAGAGAAGAGAGACUUCAACGGAUUGAAAGAGAGGAGAGAAACCGCUUCAAUCGGGAUUAUGCAGACAAGAGAGAAGAGGUCAGACAUGCCCGUGAAGAAAGAUACAAGCAAGUGGAGCGUCUGACAGCAGAGGAAAAAGAAAGGGAACGGCCGAGAACACGUGGUAGAACAGAAAUCACCCUCAGUCUGAGUUCACGCACUUCCAGCAGCUCCUUGUCUCGUUCCGUCACCCCUUUGACUGUAGAUGCUCAAGAGGAGACACGCCCUGUCUCACAUACAGCACAAGGAACUGUGACUGAGAAAAGUUGUACGGUGCAGACAGCAGUUGUGCGUUCUUUAUCAGAACCUCCCUCUGCAUCUCCACCAGUGUCCCCAUCGCAACCAGAGGAGCAACAGAGACCUGUCGACCCAUCCGACAUCAUUCUAUCUCUAUCUCCAACAAACUCUGAACCAGAAAGAACAGAGAAAGGGGAGAAAAAAGAGGAUGCUGAAGCAGAGGAGUGUGAGGAAACAGUGGUGGGUGAAGUGCAAGAUGAAAAGAAGGAAGAACCAGAAGGAAACUUUGAGGAUGAGACUAAUGUGACGGGUGCAGAAGACUGUGAGAGGGAGAAGACGUUGGAUAGAGAAGUAGAGGAGAGUGCCAUCCUAAGUGAAAAGGAGAAGCAGAAUGAAGAACUGAAUGAGAAAGAUAACUGCUCUGCCUCCAGCAUCUCUUCAGCCAGCAGCACUCUGGAGAGAGAAGAAAGAGAGGAGAAACAUGUCAGUGACAGCAACUCAGGUCAAUGGGCAGACUGUAUAAAUACAGCAGACAACAACGAUCAGUGCAACAAAGUUCUUAACAGCAAACGUUUCAUGCUGGACAUGCUGUAUGCCCAAAACAAGGAAGGAGAGGAAGAUGAGAAAGAAAAGGAGAACGAAAAUGAGAAAUGUUUAGGUCAGGACUCUACUGUGACAAGCCUUGCUAGCCGAAUUUCCACUCUGGAAUCACAUCGGCAGACAUGUGAGGACAACUUGAAGAAACUGGAAGUGGAGCAUCUGGAAAACCAGGGCAGCGUGCGGGCUGUAGCUGAGAAAUUUGGAGAUUUGGUCAAAGGCAUGUUAUCACCUCAUGACUUGGAGAAUUGUGGGAAGGAAAAGCAGCAAACACAGGAAAAGCCUCCACCUGCUCCAUCACCAGCACCCCCAAAAAAGGAGUCGGACCACAUAUGGGACCAGCUAAUGGCAACGCCACGGGAGCUUCGUAUCAAAGAGCUGGAUUUCACAGACUUGGGAGAGGAGGACGAUGUGGAUAUUUUGGACGUGGGGAACAUGAUUGGGUCAGGUGACCUCACUCCACCUCCUCCACCACCGCCCUGCUUGCCCAACCUUCCUCCCCCGCCACCUUUAUUUGGAUGCCCUCUGCCUCCCCCAGUCCCUGGCAUGAUGAUGCCCCCUCCACCACCCUUUUUGGCGUCAAAACCUCCAGCACAAUUGGGAUCUCCUCAGCUUAGUCGAGGAGAACCACCGCUCUUCCAAAAGAAGAAGAAGACCAUCAGGCUAUUCUGGAAUGAGGUGAGACCGAUUGACUGGCAGUACACCAACCACAAGAGAUGCAAGGAGUCACUCUGGUCCAAACUGGAUCCCAUCAAACUGGACACAGCCAAAUUGGAAAACCUCUUUGAGACGAAAUCUAAGGAGCUGCCAGUUACAAAGAAAACAGCAGCAGAUGGUAAGCGUCAGGAGAUCAUCAUUCUGGAUUCCAAAAGAAGUAAUGCUAUCAACAUUGGCCUGACGGUCCUGCCGCCUCCUCGCACCAUCAAAACAGCCAUCCUCAACUUUGAUGAGUACGCCUUGAGCAAAGAGGGCAUAGAGAAAAUCCUCACCAUGAUUCCUACGGAGGAGGAGACACAGAAGAUUCAGGAGGCCCAGCUGGCGAACCCCGACACUCCGCUGGGCAGCGCAGAGCAGUUCCUCCUCAUUUUGUCCUCCAUCAGUGAGCUGUCCGCCCGCCUGCAACUCUGGGCCUUUAAGAUGGACUAUGAUGCUUUAGAGAAGGAAGUAGCAGAACCACUACAGGACCUAAAAGAGGGCAUGGACCAAUUAGAAAAGAAUAAAACGUUACGCUCUAUCCUUUCGACUCUGCUAGCUAUUGGCAACUUUCUCAAUGGGACCAAUGCUAAAGGCUUUGAGUUGAGUUAUCUAGAGAAAGUUCCUGAAGUGAAGGACACGGUUCACAAACAGUCUCUACUGCAUCAUGUCUGCUCGAUUGUUGUGGAGAAGUUUCCAGAGAGCACAGAUCUUUACUCUGAGAUUGGAGCCAUUACUCGCUCUGCUAAGGUUGACUUUGAUCAGCUUCAGGAAAACCUGUGUCAAAUGGAACGGCGCUGCAAAGCAUCCUGGGACCACCUGAAGGUCAUCUCCAAACACGAGAUUAAACCAGCCCUUAAACAGCGAAUGUCCGACUUCCUCAAAGACUGUGCAGGAAGAAUUAUCAUCCUUAAAAUUGUCCAUCGUCGUAUCAUAAACAGGUUUCACUCAUUCCUGCUAUUUCUGGGCCACCCACCAUACGCCAUUAGAGAAGUGAGCGUCCACCGCUUCAGCAAGAUUCUGAGUGAGUUUGCUCUUGAGUACCGAACCACCAGAGAGCGAGUGCUGCAGCAGAAACAGAAACGAGCCAAUCAUCGUGAGAGGAACAAGACCCGCGGCAAAAUGAUCACAGAGAGUGAUGAGGAAGAGGAGGAUGAGAGUGGGAAGUUUGCAGGAAGUCCUAUGGAGGGUCAGGAGUGUCAACCGCAGGGUUUGGGCUACACAGAGGACGUGACUGAGCAUGAGCAGAUGACCGCAGUGCUUUGUACCAGCCUGCAGGGUGGCGAUAGUCCAUCAUCUGUCCUUCCUGGCCUUCGCACACGGACCCGAGCCACUCGAGGUCAUACAGCACUUUUGUCCACUGCAAAUGAAGACACUUCUAAUUGCACAAAUGACACAGCAGAUGAGAUCAUGGAGCGGAUUGUGAAAUCAGCCACUCAGGGCCCCAGUCAGAGAACACAGCCUCGUGAGAGGAGACGUUCCAGAGCAAACCGCAAAUCCUUGAGAAGAACACUGAAGAACGGUCUUACCCCGGAGGAGGCACAGGCUCUGGGUUUGGCCAGCGGCUCUGAGAUGCAGGUGUGAGACAGCAGACGCUCAGGGUCUGGACAAAUAAUAUGAGCUGGACACACAUGUUUGCUUGAUUCUGGAGCAGGUGCAUGUUUCUGGGUUUGUCUUUUACUGUGGACAACUGAUAUUCUCACAGGAGAAAGGGAUUAUAAUUACUAACCCAUCAUACUAUGCUUAUCCUUGGGCGUGUAGUCAAACCUUUAUUAGCUUCACUUGCAUUUGCAUAUUGUCCCAGCGUGGAAUGAUUGAAACCACUCAGGUGCACGUCCACCGUUCCUGCUCUUUACCAGUGGACUGUUAACUUGAGUUCCCAAAUGUUAUUUUAAUGCAUUUUUGAAAGAAAACAAGCACAGUUGCUGCGCAACUUCCUGAUGCACAAUGUUUCUAGACGCUCACACAUACACAGAGAAUGCUUGUCUAGUUCUCCAGUACAAAGGCAAAUAUCCAUCUCUUACCGCUGUGGCCUUUAAAAUAAACCCAAAAUAAUUUUGUUGGUA